CGUCCAAAGGUCAUCCUUAGCAAGGAAGCGAGAGCUCUUCUCACCUCCCAACGUCGCCAAAAAUCCAAGGAUUUCAAGACAGCGCUUGACGACACUUGGCUCUCUAUCGACAAAGCUGUGAAGACCAUUGCCUCGUCUCACCACAAGAGUAUCCGACGUGUCACAAAUGAUUUGUACAUGGGCCGCGGAGGGCUGCGCUUUAAGCGUUCAAAGUCGAACGCCUGGAAUGCCUUUUGCUGGAAGAAAAACCAGGAGGCAAAGGAUGAAAACGCUCUAACUAGGUCUGGAAAAGACGUGUUGCAAGAUCUUCUACAUAACUACACCGACGAAUACCACGAGCUCUCUCAGGAUGAAAAAGACCAUCUUGUCGAAGAAUACGAGGAGAAUAAGCUUCUCAAGUCCAAAGGUAUCAGAAUAUCAACGAAGUCCAAGAUUAACGAUGUCACACUAACACUGAAGGCUAUUGAGAAUGAGUUGAAUAGUCUUAAGUGCCGCACCGGCGCCGAAACAAUUCUUUACACAGUGGCGGGCUCUACUGACAUCCCACUACGUGGUAUUAUAUUUGCCACCGAAGGUGUCAACAAUUUCAUGACAUCAAUAAUGAAUAUUGACGACCAGGACCUCGUCAGCAAGAUGGAAGGUUUUGCUAUCCAAGGCAUGCGAGGUGCUGCCCACAAUUACAAGGACCGUUGUUCGGCAGAGCGGACAUCAAUAAGACGAGAAAUCAAUGGCGCACUUCAGGAAAUUACUGGGGUACCCAAGGCAACAAUGCAGUGGAAAAACUACUGGUGCAAUGUUGUUCAACGUUAUCGCGUCAUCUGUGAAGGUUGGCCCGCUCACAUCCCUUUCAAAAACCUUAGUGAAGCUUCUACUUCCCUUCCUGAGCUGAAGAUGCUCCUCAAGAUGUGGAAGGACAAGCUUAUUUCAUGGAGACUCCUGGACGAAGAUGAAUAUCAGCAGCUACAACGAGCGCACAAUGAGAAGCUUGAGACUGGAGAGAUUGUCGAGCCUUCCCGUCGGCCUCGCUCGGACAAGGGGAAAAAACGCGUCCGACCAAUGGAUGAACCUUCCACACAUCGUCGCAAGAAGGCAUACAAGAGCCUGGAUACUGUUGAGAGCAGUGACGAAGAGGCUGAUGCACCACACACAGGCACUUUGAUGCCUUCACCUUCUUGA